AUGUCUCGAUACGGCGACUACCGUCGCUCUACUGGGGCUCUCGACGAGGACCAUUAUUCGCGGGACCGUGAGCGUCACCGUCACCGUCACCGUUCACGUGGACCCCCGGUACUCGAGCGCCCCCGCCGUGUCGAAGAGGAUGAUCGCUUCGAAUAUCGCCUUCAGGAACAGGAGCGAUAUGGCCCCCCUGCCCGUCGCUCUGAAAUAUUCUACGAGGAUGACCAUAUAGCCUACUCCCCAGGCCCGCUGGUCACCUACCGCCAUGCCGAGAGUCCUCCCCCGCGCCCGCGCCUUCUGCGCCGACAGUCUUCUUUGGACACUUUCGACCGCCCAACACGCAAGGUCGAUGAAUAUUACUAUAGCGACUACCCGCCUAGAGCUCCUCCUAGUCCCCCGCCGAUGCGAAGACGGGGCUCCUUCCACCGUGUUCGUUCGCCCGACUACUACGAGGAAAUCCGUAUCGCGGAACCAGACUACUAUGGCGAUGAAGAGUACCGGGAGUUCCGUGAGCGUGAUCGGAUUGUGGAGCGCCCACGUCGCUCAGUGAGUCGGUAUCGUGGGAGAAUGGUAGAGGAAGUUGACGUGGAGAAACCGUAUCCUCGGAAAGGCAGAACUCGCAUGCCUCGCAAGUUGGUUCACACCAGCGCGAUCCGCGAGUUUGGCUAUCCGUAUGAGGAAGAGGGGAAAAUGAUCAUCAUCCAGGUUGCUCUUUCCAAGGAGCAGAUUGACGAGGUCAUCAGUCGAAGUCGUGAGAUCAAGCGCAUGACCGAGACACAUUAUAAGCAUACCUCUUCACCCUCUCCUAUUCGCGACAGACAUCGCGACCGCAUAGUGGAAAAAAUCGCUAUGGAGAGUUACACUCCCCGGACGAGCCAUGAGACUUUGCUCAUCGAGCCAUCUCCGUCCCGGCACCGGUCGCGGUCGCGCCAUCACCAUCAUCACCACCACCAUGGCGAGCUGGAGGAAACGAAAAUAACCAGGACAGUCUCUCGGACACGAAACGUGUCCGUCCAGGGUCGCCCUCGCCGUCGGUCAUCGCCCGUGCGUAGAAUUGAGCGGUAUGACGAUGGAGCGCAAUCCACAAAGCUUCAGUCCGGCCCACUUGCAAUCGUUGUACGUCCGCGAGACAGUGAUGACGAUCUGCGGGAAUACACGCAAAUCGAGCGACGUGGCGGUGGGGAGGUGAUCCGAGACACGGAGAUUAUUGGCGACGGCGAAGAAGAGGAGAUCCUCGAGGUGAAGAAGGAUCGCAGAGGCCCGAGCUCACGGCUCAUGAGAGCGAUGAUGGCGACUUUGACUUAA